AUGAUCUUGGAAGAAUAUGCGAAGGAUUAUCCAGUUCUUAAAGCAGUAUUGGAUUCCAAAGCAGAUGAUGACAUUAGUCUGGGGAUUCUUAAUGAUUAUGAUCUAUUCAGUGUAUUAGAUGAUGAUGAUAGAUUUCUUAAGUUACAUUGUAUUCCUAGAAACAAUAAAUAUUUUAGGAAGAAUAUUCUAUAUUUACCAAAGUAA